UAGUCAUUGAGCAACAUGUAGAGAGAAGAGGGGCAAUGGGAGUUCCGGUGGAUGAUGACUUGUAUGUAGACAACUUGUAUAAAGAGGACUUGUGAUCCCCUCAUUCCAAGAGACUCACUCAGACUCAACCACUGGCUCAACCCUCCUAACCACUCUUUCAAGAACAUCACAUCUCCAUCAUACCUUCGCUCCAUCCGCCAAUAUGAAGUUCUCAACCUUCAUCGCUCCUCUCCUCUCAGUCCCUCUGGUCUUCGCCAGUCCCAACCCCAACGGAGACUACUACCCUCCCCCCAAGACCAAGACGGUGACCGCAACAGUCACUCACACCGUCACCAAGCCCAUCUACAAGCCCCCGAUCACCAAGACCGAGACCGUCACCAAGUACAAGUGGAAGCCUCCCAUCACCAAGACCGAAUAUGUCACAAAGUGGAAGCCCCCCGUGACAAAGUACGUCACCAAGACCGAGACCGACACUAUCACCAAGUGGAAGCCUCCCGUCACCAAGUAUGUCACCAAGACCGAGACCGACACUAUCACCAAGUGGAAGCCUCCCGUCACAAAGACAAAGACCGAGACCGACACGGUUACCAAGUACAAGUGGAAGCCUGCUAUCACCAAGUACAAGACCGAGACUGUCACCAAGACUGUUACCAAGCACCCCUAUCCUACCCACCACAAGCCCGGCUAUGGCGGUGGUGGCCACAAGGAGGGCAAGGACUACAAGGCUUAAGACAUCUGUAUAUCUCAAGCAGACAGCCUUAGAGGUUCAUGUUCUUACCUCUGACCUCGUCACUUCUGGCAUUGGUCCCAAGUGACAGGCGUUGCCUCUGGCCAGGCUAUGACGGAUCAUGACGCUACACGACACUCCUUAAUUAUUUAAUGCCUUCAUUUGUCACUGUAUACGCGCUAUCACCACUGCACGUUGAGCUAGUGGGGAGGGAGCUACCACUUGGUGGCUCUUCUUUGGUGACCGGAUAAAAUUUCUUCUUCAAAGCAUUCAUUACAUAGUGGACAUAGCCGCGGUAUAACAGCGACUACAGUUAUCUAUAGAUCUUACAUAGCUUGAAUGAUAUUACUGUUUACUUGAUCAAUAAAA